AUGGCAGUCGAGGUUUUACCCCUUCCCCUCCCACCUUCGGCCAACGUGGAGAUGUUCUCGGGCGCAGACUUCGGCAGGGAAAUCAAGGGAGUCGAUCUAGGGGCGCUCGCACCAGAGGUAUUCAGAGAAAUCGAAGAGCUGCUGUACAAGCAUAGCGUGUUGCUAUUCAGAGAUGUGGAUCUCUCCCCGGAACAACAGUAUGCGCUAGCGAAGGCGUUCGACCCCACAUCCGACAGCUUCGGGCACGGAAACAAGAAGAUCGAGAGCACGAAAUCUUCCAUUCUGCACGCAACACUCAGGGGCAUCCCGCGUGUCCCGCAGGUCUACCUGGUCGGCAACGGAACCAGCUACGAUCACGAGGGUUUCCCCGAGGUGCAGCUACAGCACCCGUCGCACACCAGCUGGCAUCGCACGCACAUCUCGCCCGAGGACCAGGAGAAGGGCGCGACGCGAUUUGUCCGCUGGCACAUGGAUGCGGCGCUGUACGACCUCCUUCCCCCGAAGGUGACAACGCUGUACGGAAUCAAAGUGCCGAAGGGCCCGCGGCAGGUGGUGCGCUAUGACGACGGAACGGGAGACGAGCUUGAAGUCCCGCUGGCGGCGACGGCAUUUGUGUCGGGAAGGAUGAUGUUUGAUAUCCAGCCACGCGAGCUAAAGAGUCUAGCCGUGAGGAGCAGGGUGAAGUAUGCUCCUCAUCCAUAUGUAUGGAUUUCGACAGCAAAGGCUAAAUCGACCGGCAUGGGUGUGGAGACGGAAGGACUGGAAGUCCCAUAUGACAAGCUGCCUGCUUGGGAAGAGUCUAAAAUUCUAGUCUUGCCCUUGGUUUGGAAAAACCCUGUCACUGGCGAACUGCACCUGCAAGUUCACCCAUGGACUGUCGCGGAGUUGUUCGUGGAUCCGUUGCCCAGGGAUGCGGUUAGAGAGAACGCGUGGUAUCCGGACGGAGCGCACGUAACGGAUCUGAAGGAAGUCAGAGACGUUUUGUAUCGCAUGCAGCGGCCAGGGAUUGCCCCAGAGCUCGUAUACCCGCAUGAUUGGCGGGAAAAGGAUCUCAUGCUCUUCCAUAACAGAGGGAUGAUACACUCGGUAACGGGGACACUUAGGCCAGAUCAAAUUCGCCUCUAUCAUCAGUGCAAUCUAGCUGCGUCAGACAGUCCGGAUGGACCUGAUGCAGAUGACGUGCGCAAGUGGGCCUGA